AUGGAGGAGGCGUUACCACUCCUGCAAAAAACCAGUUGUAAAUCUGGCCGGCAGUCAAGAUGCUAUAUACCCACUCGAUACGUUCUAGCAGCCUUGUCCUGUUCGGGUUUUUGUGUGGUGUAUCUUCUCCGAGUGAAUUUGAGCGUGGCUCUGGUGGCCAUGGUCAAUUCCACCUACGCAAACGAACAGGCCUCUGGAAAUAACCCGGAAUGUCAGAGAAAUUCUUCCACAGAUUCAAAGCAAAAGGUUAGAAGGCAACGUGUUUAGUAUAAAGUACAUGUAUGUUCAAGUUAAUCGACCGUACUUUCACGUGCUUUGGCUGGAAAGAACAAUAUGUGCAUGACAGUCACAUGCGUCAUGAAAAAACACUGAUGUGAUUCGUUGUAUUAGCUUUAUCGUCGUCGAAUAAAGUAGUCCAAGAUUGAAAAUUUGCCGAGAAUUUAAGUUGCGCUAUGUCUAUGUCAACAUGUGUGGUUAAUAUUUGAGCGAUUGUCACGCUUGUUGUGUAUAUAAACACUGCAUUGAAUGAUAUCCUUUUCAAAUCAGUAUUGUUACAUGUGUCCUUUGGAGACACCAUGUGUUUGUCAACUUCUUUUGACGUCUAGAUGGUUUGCCAUGGGCCAAAAUUACCAUUAUUAUUAAUUAUACUACAUGCACAUGUAUUAUUAAAAUAUUAGGUAUUGUGGAUUUAUUCUAGUUGUUGUUUUUGUUGUUGUUGUUGUUUUUGUCUCGGUCUGUUAUUACACCAUUGUUUUGUAGUCCAGGCCCCACUUACUCAAAUGUUGGAUAGCACUAUCCAGCGGAUGUAAAUCACUAUGCAGUGGAUAUUAUUAGAAAUAGGGGAACUAUAAUUGCACUACCCGAAGGAUAGAGGCGAUAUUAUCCAGCAGAUAGCGUCAUCUGCCAAAUGGUGCCAGAGGAAAGAAACUUUUAAAUGAGUCUGGAGAGAUUCACUAUUUUAUUGAUCAUAUUACACUGUUGAAUUAACAGUAAUAAAAAUUGCAAUGUCACCAGUCUGUAAGAAAAAAAAUUCCAUAAAGUGAAGGUCUUCAGAAGGUUAUUGCAGUGGCAAACACAAUUGAAUGGCUUUAUAAACUUGUUGGAAUGUAUCUGCAGAAGCUAGAAGCUUGUGAUAAUGUGGGACUCUACAGCACACUUAAAAAUAAUUUGCACUGACAACUUGUAGCGAUAAGUUCGCAAGGUCUCAUUGUUUAUGGUUUAUCCUUUUCAAAUGCAUGGUUUUUCCAACCCGUCUUUGAAAGCGCCAGUGUUAAUGUCAAUUUAACACUUGUUAUCAGUGCAAUGAUUUGUUACUAUUAAUACUUUAAAGUAUGAUUGAAGAUGGAAACCUGGAAACCUUUGUUCGUACCAUUCAAUUGCUUGCAUGUGAAUUCUACAGUCAAACCUCCUGUGAGUAACCACCCAAAAAGCGAGGAGUUGGUGGUCGCUCAGAGCCGUCAAAAAGUUUUUAAGAGCAGGCAGAUAAUGAAUAGUAGGCAGCUUUGGAACUUGUACCAGAGGAACAAGUUCUUGACUGAGGCAUCUAGGGACAUUUUGAAAUUUAGAGUCUUGGAAAUGGCAUUUCCAGGGGUUUUAUUUUUCCACCAUGGACGCCAGGAUGUUGUUUCGUCACAAUAUACGCAAGACUGGGAACAUGCAAUGCCAUCAAGAUAUAUCAGGCAUUCCACAACAUCGCAUGGUUCGAACGUGUUAUGCAUUGAUCUAAACCUGUUUAAAUAUGUAUUCAAUGUCAUUCAAAACUCCAGAAAAUUUAGCUGUUUUUGAUAAGUGGUUGCUUACUGAGUGUACUUGGAUGGGAGGUGGUUGCUUUAUAUGAGAGGUGGUCGCACAUGGGGUUUUGUCUGUAUUUACAUGAAUCAAUAAACUUUUGAGUCUUUUCGAUCUAUGGGACCAUCCAAGUGAAUGACCCUCUUUAGUAGUGCUAAUUUAUUUAGUAUUUAGUUCUAACCUUGAGUCCUUGGGUUAUUCAACCAUGCCAGUAAAAAUUACCUAUUUUUAUCUGUACUUUCACUUGGUACUAUUUAUUAAUGUUAGAAUGUACAGAGUAGUCCUAACUUUUGAGUCUGUGGAAGAAAUCCCAUAGUGUUACAAUUUAAAGGAAACUUUUGGAUGGUGCUUUUCAUUUCUUUGGAUUUUUACAAAAAGAAAGUUAGAUUUUUUUUCUUAAGCGACAGACCUUAUUGAGUGCAGGGCAGUAUUUAGAUGAGAGGUGAGCUCCUUUUUCCUCUUAAUCAUUAUAAAUGUGUCCAAACAUUUUAGAUUCAGUCUUUUUGACUGUGUGAUUAUCAAAAUUGUUUUGUAGGAUGGGGAGUUUAACUGGGAUCAAAAAACACAAGGUAAACUGCAUGCUAAAUCUGUUUAAUUUGCCUUUUGAAUAAAGUUUUUGUUUCUUAUAAAUGAGCACCUACUUUUAGCAGAGCUCUACACGUGCGCAAAGGAGCCCUAAAGCUUAGAAAAUUCUAUUCGAGAAAUUUUGGUAGUGCACCUGGUGGACAUCCAUCCGUUCACCCAUUCGUUCACACCACAGGCCAACCAAUGUGAUAUCUCACACUUUCUUAGCUAGUAUGGCAGCCCGUCACCUGAUAUUGCACAUCCGUGUUGGGGUGAAUUGACAGCUGUCAAAACAGGGUAGUCACUGAACAGUAUCAUGACUGUUUCACUGGCUCAGGUGUCGACCCAUCGAGGGUACAUGUUGAAGUUUCCCGCUGAUAAGUUAUAUUUACUAGUUUUCAACUGAUUACAGGCUCAACUCCAAGUAGAUUUCCUUGUAAUGGUUACACAUUUUUUGUUUGAAGUAAAAAAAAUUAUUAAUGGGAGCUUUGCCUGUAUCCUUGGCUAAUUAAUUCUACAGGUCAUCUGAUAUUAUGCGAUAGUGCGAUUUUGCACAAUCGACCUCAAAUCGCAUCUGAUAGCACAAUUUGAGGAAAAUCGCAUAAUUCUUAAAAAAAUGCUAAAUUCAAGUAAAGUAAACAAUGAAUUCUAACUUUAAUUACACAUUUUCCCAAUCGUAAUGUUAUUUAUGGUGAUUUACCACUAAAGAAAGCCUUGCAAGGCAUCCGAAACCUUCGAUCGCGGUAUCUGGGCAGCCAUUUUGAUUUCAGAGACAAGCAGUGUGGUCAGCGGUGAAACAGCAUUAUGUAAUAUUAAGCAAGUGUCCUUUUUCUUUUCCGGGUCAAAAUAAUCGGACAAAUUUAACUAUUUUGUUUUAAAAUAGAUGUUUUAUUAUUCCUUUACAUUCAAAUUGCCUGUUAAAUGGUUUUUCUUCUUUGAAACCUGGUAAAACAAUGUAAAUUAGCCCUAAAAAAAUCGCGUAAUUUAUUGCAUAAUAGUCCUAUCUUAUCGCAUGGAAACUACCCUGAAAAUAUCGCACAAUUUCUGAUUUUUUAUUGCACCCUAUCAGAUGGCCUGAUUCUGUGAUCUUGUUAGUUAGCUUUGGGAGGUGAUCAUACAGUUCCCGUUCUUCAGUUUGAGAUGUUGUCCCACCAAAUUACGAGAUGUUGGAUGCUACUGCGUGGAGGCACCAUCAGUUUGCUCUUCCUUUAUUUCAAUUUUUAGUUUUUAAAGUUUGAUGCUUGUAUUUUGGCUCUGUAGGUAUUAUCCUGGGUUCAUUUUUCUAUGGAUAUAUCAUCACUCAGUUACCAGGUGGAUGGCUGGGAGCACGGUUUGGUGGAAAGCAUUUAUUUGGCCUUGGAGUGCUUUGCACUUCUGUGUUGACAAUUUUCACUCCUCUUGCUGCACGUCAUAGUGUUGGAAUGUUAAUUCUGGUGAGAAUAUUGGAAGGAUUAGGAGAGGUAAACUAUUUAGUUGUUAACUUUCUGUACACAUUUGAUCCAUUUUAGUUCUCUAAUUAAUCCCAUACAUUUGGACAACAACAAAUACAUUGUAAAAUGCAAGUUAAUUGAAUGGUAAAAGUCAUGACAAAAGGCAGCCCUUAUAAUUACAUUUAGGCUAUGUUUGUAAUACACAUAAAUCAGUCACCUUAGUUUGCCAGCAGCAUGGUAGCGAGUGGAAUAACUAAAAAUAUUAAAGUGGUUCCAGCUGUAAAAAUCCCUUGGCAAGUAACCAUUAGCAAUCCUCUUUCAGAUUAUUUUUUUUUAAGUUAAUUAUACCUACUUAUGGAAAAAGGAACAGGUAAUCCUUAAUGCUGAGAGUCUCUUGCCCUUAGUGACUCUCUUAAUUACUCUCUUAUUAAACCAUUUUUGUGUUUAUUUAGAUCAAGGAAAACUUGGUCACAUGUUACAGUUCACUAUUUGAGUAAACAUUAAUGACACAUCUGAUUCUAAAUCUCACAAAUCAUUGUAAGCUAAUCCCCAGCACUAGGGUUAUUUGUUGUGGAAUUUUAUCUUUUGUACCGUUUGAAUUUUGUUUCCCUUUGUUUUCAACUCAUACAUUACCAUACUUCUAAACAAAGGAAAAUAAAAUUGAAACCAAGGGUAAAAUAAUUGAACCACAAGAUAUUCAUGUACUUUUACACCUUUAAUCCUCUCUUAUUUACAAUUUAAAACCAAACUCUUUUGUCGUUUUUCUAUCCGCAUUAAUUAUUGCGGGUGAGGAGAGCAGUCCACAGUCCUGAUCUCCAGAUUAUUAUGCAUGUGCGGUAAUUAAUGGACUUGGACUAAGAAUGAGUGGAAUGCAUAGAAUGCAAUUUGAUCUUGAAAGCAUGUUUGGAUCUUACUUUACUCUUAUUCUGAUCAUUUGUGUUUUGAUCUUCUACCAUUUGAAACAUAUGCAUAGCACAGUGUUGGAGCAAGAGUGGUUUGACCUUCGAUAGAUCUCGCCCACACUCCUAUAGUUUACAAUCUGUGCAAGUACACAGGCACUUAAACAGAGCUGCUCUGAAAGUUCUGUUGUAAGAAUCUCCCUGACGUCAUGUUGUUUCAUGCAGGGUGUGACGUUCCCAGCUAUGCAUGCCAUGUGGAGUAGUUGGGCCCCUCCAUUAGAACGGAGCAAACUGGUCACUUUAUCUUAUACAGGUACGUACUGCUAUAUGUACAUUUUAAAUCAAGUCCACUGUUAACUGCCACCUGGUAGCUCGGUUGGAAAUCUGCCAAUCUGCUGAGAGGGUGGCCAUGAGUUCAAUUUCCGACUAGACCACCAACUUAACCAGGGUCUUGAAAAAAUACUGUUAAGAUCAUGACCUUUACACUGCAAGUGUGAAAAAAACCUCAUGUCAGUUUAGAUUAUCGUGUCUUUUGGCAGUGACGUUCUGCCGUUGACCUUCUUCUCUAUUUUGUUAGUACAAGAGUACUUGCUUAUUUUUCUUGUUUAUUUAUCACAAAGGCCUUCAACUUGGCACCAUCCUGGGUAUGCCAAUGGCAGGAGUUCUUUGUGGAUCUGACUUGUGGGGAGGAUGGCCAUCUGUAUUUUAUAUCUUUGGUAAGUGUUUACCUAGUCUGCUACACAGCCGUUUUUAGUGUCGUCACGCAAUGCUCCUCCCCACUAACGGCUGCUGAAAACCGAACUACAUUCCUUUCCCGUGAUUAGCCAAUUAUAAUUCAGCUCCCAUUUUCUGGAAGGUGUUCGCGCCACGUUUGCAGUACUGUGACUCCUCCAAUCACAGCUUUGCUAUCGGUGCCCCAUGUGUGAGUGACAGAAUAAUAUUAUUAAAAUUGUCGCUUGAAAACAAGCAAUUAACUACAGUGGGGUUGUCGUCAACCUGGGUUGGAGGAGUCACAGUACCGCAAACGUGGCGUGAACACCUUCCAGAAAAUGGAAGCUGAAUUAUAAUUGGCUAAUCACGGGAAAGGAAUGUAGUUCAGUUUUCAGCAGCUGUUAGUGGGGAGGAGCAUUGCGUGACAACACUAAAAACAGCUAUGUAGCAGACUAGUGUUUACCCUGCAGUGGAGGUGAUUAGAACCUCUCCAUCUCUCAUGAAAAGAUGACAUAUCUUUUUAAAGGCAUCACAUGUUCACUAGGACGCCCAGACGCAUCUUCUGACUGCCACGCAGUUAAACCAAAUUCCAUGGGUCAACAGCAGGCCACCAGCCAAAAGGAAAAUAUUAAAUUAUAAAAAUAUUCACUUGAGACAAUCAAAGAACAUGUAAAUAUUAUAGCAGAUGAAAAGGAAGGUAAGGAUAGUCAAACUACAUGUAAAAAGGAGAUUAAACAAAAAUUAAUAAUAUUGCAAAGAGUAACUUUGUGAAACUGUUCAGACAUAUUUGUUCGGCAAGACAUAUUUGUUUGUGGUAAGGCUGCGAUUUUGUCAUUUACAUUUCGUAACUUAAUGGUGAUAGCCAGGCUUUCUCAAAACCAAUUUCCAGUUUCUGCUGAGUUUCUGCUGGUUUGAUUUAAUUCUCUAUCCUUUGAGCAAAUAAUGAAAUCAGGGAGAGAGACUUCCUGAAUCCGUUUGAAGUGAGGGAGUGGCUGCACGUAGGCUUUGACUCGCUUUGCGAGCGUCCUGUGCUCUCACAUACUUGUGACAAGUCUACUAAGAUUAGAGCGAGAAAACAUACCAACCUGCCCCAGCUGACACCACUGCUUCUAGAAUACACCUUUGAUUAGCGGAUAGGGUUGCUACCUCUAUUUAAUGAUGCUGCUGCUUAAGUUGUCUCGUUGUCUUACAGCUAAUGAACAGAGAAGUCUGCAUGUGCAUUCACAUCCUUAAACAUUGGAGGUGUGGAAGUUCCCUAAAUUUGAUCGUUUUUUUUUUUUUUAGGUGGUGUCGGUGUUUUAUGGUUUAUCAUGUGGACAAUGUUAACACACGACAGACCAGCUAAUCAUCCAAGAAUAUCCAUCAAAGAAAGAGAAUAUAUUCAAUCUAGUAUAGGAGCAGGG